CUAAAAUGGGGGUCUGGACAUUGCAUUGCUUGGCCUGCGACUGCAUGCCGGUCCGACUUUCACUCCUUGGCUACGCUGCUUUUUCUCCUCACUUCUCCUCUUCUUCUGCCUCCUCCUCUCUUUCUCUCUCCGCAUUCUUCUCUUUUCAUUGUGUCUCAUUCUCAAUCGGAUAGCUGAGCUUUGCGAUCCGUCAAGAUGAGCAAGGUGUUCGAUGCGGCGGAAGUCGCCAAACACAAUACCGCAGAAAGCUGCUGGGUGAUUCUUUACGGAAAGGUUUACGAUGUCACCAACUUUCUAUCUGAUCAUCCUGGCGGUGCCAAGAUCAUUCUCAAGCUCGCAGGCAAAGAUGCAACGGAAGAAUACGACCCGAUCCACCCCCCAGGACUUCUGGAGGAGAACCUCAAGCCCGAAAACUUCCUUGGGACCGUCAAUGCAGACACACUACCCAAAGUACAAGCAGAGCCGGCACCUGCAGCCGCAGAGACAGAAGGGUCGCCAUCAAUGGAGUCCUUGCUGAACAUGGACGAUUUCGAACAAGUCGCCACCAAGAACAUCAGCAAGAAGGCCUGGGCCUAUUACUAUUCCGCCUCGGACGACAAGGUCACCAAACACUUUAACACAGAAGUCUACCGGUCCAUCCUGCUGCGACCCCGCGUAUUUGUGGAUUGCACCAAGUGUGACCUGGAUACGAAGCUAUUGGGCCACAACCUGGGAAUGCCGAUCUAUGUCUCCCCGGCCGCCAUGGCUCGCUUGGGCCAUCCCGCGGGCGAGGCAGGUAUCGCAGAAGCGUGUCGCAGCUUUGGAGCGAUGCAGAUCGUCUCCAACAAUGCAUCGAUGACUCCGGAGCAGAUUGUGCAAGACGCAGCGCCGGACCAGGUGUUCGGAUGGCAGCUCUACGUGCAGGUGGAUCGCAAAAAGAGCGAGGCGAUGCUGGCGCGCAUCAAGAAGCUCAAGGCCUUCAAAUUCAUCGUUCUCACCCUGGACGCUCCGGUUCCCGGGAAGCGCGAAGACGACGAACGCGGGAAUGCUGUUGGGGCGUCGGCACCGGUUGCCAGCGCCGCGAUGGCCGCCGACAAGAAGUCCUCGGGCGAGUCGGCCCAAUUAGGCGGCGUGGGCCGGCAGCUCUUCGCUGGCACCGACCCUUCGUUGACGUGGAAGGAGACUCUGCCGUGGUUGGCAACGCAGACCGAUUUGCCCAUCAUUCUCAAGGGUCUGCAGACGCAUGAGGACGCUUACAUUGCCUCCCUUCACACCCCACAAGUUAAGGGUAUCAUUCUGUCGAACCACGGCGGUCGCGCGUUGGAUACUGCGCCUCCGGCGGUGCACACAUUAUUGGAGAUCCGCAAAUACUGCCCUGAAGUGUUUGAUAGGCUGGAAGUCUGGGUUGACGGCGGUAUCCGCCGUGGCACAGAUGUUGUCAAGGCUCUCUGUCUGGGUGCGAGAGGAGUUGGAGUUGGCCGUCCGGCACUCUGGGGUCUGGGUGCCGGUGGCGUUGAGGGUGUGAAGCGUACAUUGCAAAUUCUGUCCGACGAGACCAAAACUUGCAUGCGCUUACUCGGUGUCGAAAGGGUCGAAGACCUGGGCCCCCAGCAUAUCAACACCCGGAUUGUUGAGCAGCAAAUCUACGAUGGUCCCUCAGGACUCGACAGUGUACGAAAUGUGUUCCGUGCCAAGUUGUAGACAUAUCAUAUAAUGCAGCGUGACUUCUC